AUGAACAAUGCUAUUAAAUUUGUUGAACAUAUAUCAAACAAAGUUACCACCAUCUACGUCGCUGAUAACGAGAUGAGAGAGCUAUUUGGUGUUGUCAAGAUUUUUCGUGGCAAAAAUUUCUUCGUGGUUGUUCGUGAUAUCAAGGGACAAAAACGUGAAUUAGCAAGUUCGUCAGAGCUAACGCCAAAAGAGAUUGCAUAUUCCUUCCCUUGUACGAGUCGCUGUCGACCAGCAAUUCGAGGAACUUUUGUCGUUAUAAAUGAUUACAAAGGAACUUUUUCCAUCUUAUUCCAUUCUUAUGUUUCUGAGGUAAAACCAUUUAUUCUUCGACAACAUCAAAUCAAAUUUUAUUACAAGGAUACCGAAAUUGAUGACGCGGCUAUGGUGAACAAACAUGCCAGGUAUUCGAACCAGCUCGAAAUAACCAUGAAGAAACGCCAAGAGGGCCGUGGAAAUUGGUUUGAGCUAUGCUUUACCUAUCAGCAAUUUGAGAUCAUCACAACUGGAGGCUUGUAUAGCGAAGAGGGUGAUAUAAGCAAGCUUGGAACAUUCCUUGGUGUUGUCGCGCCAUCGCAUACGGCAUGUGAUAACAAUUUUAUCUUACUUUCCCUUACAUAA